GCGCCGCGUUGCGUGAGGCAACUCUGGCCGUCUUGUGUGGCGUUUCUCCCCGCCCCGCAGUCAUGGCGGCGGAGCAAGAGGCCUUGAAGGGCGGCAGCGCCGUCAGCGGCCGGAACCGGGGCGGCGUCCAACGGGUCGAGGGCAAGCUCCGCGCCAGCGUGGAAAAAGGAGACUAUUACGAGGCACACCAGAUGUACCGGACGCUGUUCUUCAGGUACAUGUCACAAGGCAAACAUGUGGAAGCUAGAGAACUCAUGUAUUCGGGGGCCCUCUUGUUCUUCAGUCACAAUCAACAAAACAGCGCUGCUGAUUUGUCCAUGCUAGUUCUAGAGACGCUAGAGAAAUCGGAUGCAAAAGUUACAGAUGAGCUAUUAGAGAACCUGGCCAAAGUGUUCAGCCUGAUGGAUCCAAAUUCGCCUGAAAGAGUGGCCUUUGUUUCCAGGGCGCUGAAAUGGUCUAGUGGCGGAUCAGGAAAACUUGGGCAUCCAAAAUUACACCAGUUGCUAGCCAUCACGCUGUGGAAAGAGCAAAACUAUUGUGAAUCUCGGUAUCACUUCUUGCACUCCACAGACGGUGAAGGGUGUGCAAACAUGUUGGUAGAAUAUUCCUCAUCCAGGGGUUACCGCAGUGAAGUGGACAUGUUUGUCGCUCAGGCAGUGUUACAAUUCCUGUGCUUGAAGAACAAAAGCAGUGCAUUAGUGGUUUUUACGACCUAUACACAGAAGCAUCCUUCCAUAGAAAGGGGACCUCCCUUUGUACAGCCAUUGCUCAAUUUCAUUUGGUUUCUGCUGCUGGCAGUUGAUGGAGGAAAACUAACAGUAUUUACAGUAUUGUGUGAACAGUAUCAACCUUCAUUGAAGAGGGAUCCUAUGUAUAAUGAAUAUCUAGACAGGAUAGGACAGCUCUUCUUUGGUGUCCCACCCAAACAAACAUCAUCCUAUGGAGGACUAUUAGGCAAUCUUUUAAACAGCCUGAUGGUAGCUGGGGAGGAGGAUGACACGGAAGAUGGACAGGAAGACAGCAGCCCCAUUGAACUGGAUUGAGACCUUCCAGAGCAGCUUGGAAUCUGACCAUGUGCUCACUGGGGGAUAAAAGAAAGAAAAGACACUUUGAGAACGAGUCCUGCAGUCGUUUCUCAACAGGUCAAAGGGCUCCUCUGUUCUGUUUAAAAGACAGUUGCUGAGAUGUUCAUAAUGUUUUGGUCUAUAUUAUUUAUGUAAAAAUGCAAUGGGGUAGCCAAGAGAGCUGAUUUGGUGUGAUCAUUAGUGGAUCUCUGAUAACGCUGGUUGGUGAUGGACUGAGAUGUAGCCUUCUCUGUGAUUCCAUGAGCAGUAUUCCCUCUUUUCACAGUCACACUGAAUAAAGCUGAAACACACAUUUGUUGCUUUACAUUUUUUUUAAAAAAAAACUACACCUUUGUUUCAGUAAACUAAUAAAUAAAGCGCUUAACUGUCACCAAGGGGCCCCGUGAAAUGCAGAGUUGUAACUGCUGUAGUGGAUGAUCGGUAGACCCGGUGCCAAAAGCGUUUCGAGAUGAGCCAAAGAAAUCAAAACCCUAAGCAGAAAUACCAAAUUAAUUUCCAUUGUAGAAAAUUAUAUGAUUUGGAAACCCAGGGUGAUUUUGAAUAUAGCGUGUGGGCUGUGAACUGACCAAAUCAUCUUUAAGGUCUUGCUCCACUUUAAUAUAUGUAAUUUAAUGCGAGUGGAUCACUUGAAUACCGAAGGCUUAAUCAAAGUAGACCCUCUCUGAGUCCAGUUAACACUGUAUGUAUAUGUACUGUGGCUGAAAUACUCUUCAUUCCCUGAGAGACAGCUUUUUUUUUUCCUGCACCCAUUCAAUGAUCUUGCUACAACCCAGCCAAAACACUGCAUUUUGGCAGACGAAACAGAGCAUGCAAAUAUUUGAAACAGGGUGAUCCUUGGAGAAGGGGAAGCUGCAGACCUCUUGGUUCUUUCUUGUUCAAUAUUUAUUUUUAUGGGAUGAUUUAUUGAUUCAUUUUAACACUUUAUGUAAAAAAAGAAAAGAACAAAAUUACAAGUAACUGCAAACCACAUGUUAGGCUUAAUAUAAUUCUACAUCUUGUCUCCAUUAAUGCACAACACCAGAUGUUAGCGGUAUGAUUAAAAGAUGAAAUGGGGGAAACACUUUAUUUUUUCACAUUUAAAAUUUUAAAAAGGCUUAGAUUAAUACAGUGAUCAUGCAUGAGGGGGAAUAAUACAUUUUUAUUUACUGUAAAAAUAAAAAUAAAAGGAUGAAUUUGUGUUAAUUGUUGAGUAUUAAAUAAAUACUUUAUACUGGGA